UUUUGAGCUGGAAAGCAGUGGGGUGAGGGAGGAGAUCCGCUACCACUACGGCUUCAAAGGGAAGCCUCGCUCCGAAUCCUUCCCUUAUCGUCUCGCCGAUGGCCAGUGGCAUAAGAUCGCUCUCACCAUCAGCGCCUCGCACCUACUGCUGCACGUAGACUGUAACAGGAUUACGAGCGGGUGAUCGACCCUCCCCAGAUGGAGCUCACUCCCGGCAGCGGAGUGUGGCUGGGCCAGCACAGCCACAAGCACAGCCUUUUCAAGGGUAUUAUCCAGGAUGUUAAGCUGAUUUUUGCUCCCAAUGGCUACAUCACACAGUGCCCUAACCUUAACCGCACUUGUCCAACCUGCAGCGAUUUCCUGAGCCUUGUGCAAGGCAUCAUGGACCUUCAGGAACUACUGGCUAAGAUGACCAUGAAGCUGAGCUACGCUGAGUCCAGGCUGACCCAGCUGGAGGGCUGUCAUUGUGAAAGAAGCUGUGGCGCCAACGGCCAGGUCUACAGAGAUAAGGAGCUGUGGGUGGAGCCGGAGAACUGCAGGAACUGUGCCUGUAAGAAUGGUGUGGUGGAGUGUCGCAGGAUUUUCUGCCCUCCGUCAAACUGUUCCGAGGACUCGCUGCCCGUGCACGUUGAUGGCACCUGCUGCAAAAAAUGCAGACCCAAAUGUAACUACAUGGGCCAGAGUUUUUCUGAAGGCCAGCGUGUUUUAUCAAGAAGCUGCAGGGAAUGCAAGAACGGCCUGAUGCUGAAAGUCACAGAAACAUGUCCAGAACUCAACUGCACCAUCAGCGAACAGAUCUUACCAGACGGCAGGUGCUGCAAUGUCUGCAAAGGUUAUGAUUUCUGUGCAGAGGGAGUCAUUUGUGGCGAAAACUCAGAGUGUAAAAACAGGAAUACAAAAGCAGAGUGUGAAUGCAAGAAUGGCUAUGCCUCCAUCCACAGGGAUUCGACUUACUGUGAAGAUAUUGAUGAAUGUUCCACCCAGAUGCAUUACUGCCAGUCCAACACGGUGUGUGUCAACCUGCCCGGCAGCCACCGCUGUGAUUGUCUGCCAGGAUUCAUCAGAGUGGAUGAAUACUCCUGCACAGAGCACGAUGAGUGUGCCAGCGGCCAAAAUUCUUGUGAUGACAAUGCCAUCUGCACCAACACCAUCAGAGGACACCUGUGUACCUGCAAACCUGGCUACGUGGGUAAUGGCACCGUGUGCAGAGCAUUCUGUGAGGAGGGAUGCCGGAGUGGAGGAACUUGUGUGUCUCCCAACAUGUGUGUGUGUCCAUCUGGAUUUACAGGACGCCACUGUGAGACAGAUAUCGAUGAGUGUGCAGAGGGCCUGAUUGAGUGCCACAACCAUUCCCGCUGUGUCAACCUGCCCGGCUGGUACCACUGUGAAUGCAGAAGUGGUUUCCAUGACAAUGGCUCUUACCUGCUUGAUGGCACUUCCUGCACUGAUACUGAUGAGUGCAGCCUACAGACACACACCUGCUGGAAUGACAGUGUGUGUGUGAACCUACCAGGAGGCUAUGACUGCGUCUGCAUAUCCGGCCCGGGCUGUAGCAGGGACUGUCCCCAGGAAGACAUCAUCAGACACAAUGGAGAAGAUUGGAAACCCAGAGUGGACCGUUGUGCAAUAUGCUCCUGCAAGGAUGGGCAGACAUACUGCAGGAGGAGACCUUGUGUUUGUGGAGACCCAGACGAAGAUCUAUUCUGCUGUCCCAGCUGUGACAACAGACCCAGUAGCCAGUGUCUGGAUCAGAAUGGACGCACGCUGUACCGCAGUGGAGGUUCCUGGCUGUACGGCUGCCAGCAGUGCCGCUGUAUGGAGGGAGAGGUGGAUUGCUGGCCUCUGGUCUGCCCUGUGUUGACGUGUGAGUACACGGCGGUGGUGGAGGGCGAGUGCUGCCCGCGCUGCGUCACAGAUCCCUGCCUGGCCGACAACCUGUCCUACGACAUCCGACAGACGUGCCGGGACUCGUUGGGCAUCACCCGCUUCAGUGGAGACAAGUGGCAUAUGGCCAACUCGCCCUGCACGACCUGCAAGUGUAAGAACGGAAAUGUUUGCUGCUCGGUGGAUCUGGACUGUCUUCAGAACAACUAAAGCUUUCCACGUCUUGACCUGCCUCUUCUCAGUCUACUUCACCCUUUCAAUAUGAGACUGCCACGCCUCUUCCCCCUGUUCUCACCUUGGAUUAAUAUGUGCAUGCCCAGUGUGUGCACAGGCAACGCAACCUGAGGUGUUAAAGCUUUCAUGCUGUAACUCUUGUCAACUCACAGUGUGUGUGGUUUGUGUGUGGAUCAGGAGGCCAUCUUUACUAAGUGUCUUCAUGCUGUUUCCUGGUUUCCAGUGUGCUAUACAUCCUUUUAGAAUUUGACCUUAAAUUUGGAACCUCAAACCAGAGGCCAGCAUCAAGUUGUCCUGAGUGGAAUAUAGAGCAUGAUGUUGAGCUACUCCAGCUGUCUGUUCUGCCUACAUGUAGGCUCAUUAAAACUCAAUUACCUACAGGUGAACUCAUAAAACAUUUAUUUUGUGAAGACUAAAAAGUAAUACCUCCUAAUUAUGUGUUUAUGUGAAGUGACAAAAUGUGUACGCAAGAUUUAAUUUCAUAAUUCGGGAGGUAGUUCAGCACAGAACAAACACAUUCUAAGCCUACAUUGAAACCCUUCGGGUGUGUUGAUGGAGGAUUUGGCUCAAAGUACAUUUUUGUCUCCUUUUGUGACAAUUUCAUCAUAUUAGAACAAAAACCCUUGCCCAACCCCUGGUAUGUAAUUUUUAGUCUGUGAUCCCUGUAACAUACUGACACUGAAACAUAAUUUAUUAAAUAAAUUAAGAAAUAAUUUUUGGUAACAUAGCUGGACAUUACAUUUUUUUUAAUUUAGAAAAAUUAUUGUGAGACAGACUUAAAGUCUCGAGUGUUUUGAUGUAAGAGCAGUUUAAUCAAGUUAAAGCUACACGUUGGUGCAUUACCUGUCUUAUAUUUAAUUUGGGCAGAUGUGCAAAGAGCAAUUAAGUA